AUGUCUGACCAGCAAAGGCACUACGGCAGCUACGAGCUCCUCCCCGCUCAGCCAGACGUGCAGUGCCUGGUCUGCACGCGGCCUUUCACUCUGGACGCCGAGGUCACCGACAGCUUCGAAGCUUUAGCCAUAUGCAGGGAGUGCAAGAUGACCGUGCUUAGUGACAGCAACAGCAACAGGGACGAGACUCCCAGGACUAACGGGCAGAGAAGAUGGCGAAGGCAGAGGUCCUCCAGCGUGACAGGGCACGAGCCUCCCACGGAGGAGGAUGCUUUCCCGCAGCAGUUCUCCCAGCUGAUCAACUUGGCUAGGCAGGGUCAUGAGGCGGAUGCUGAUUCUCCGACGGUUCCGCCGCGACAGCACGCGUCUUAUAGCUCUACGCCGAGCCGGUCCCAGAGAUGGCACACUUCAGAUGACGAGAGUGAUUUUCUGAGUUACGCUGAUUCUGUGUUUGGCGAGAUUGAGUCGAACAUCAGUUUUGGUGACGAGGGUGGGGAAUCGGAUGCUUCUGUUGAUCGCCACGCCAUGGUUGGGAGGGAAAUUGUCAUUCAGCUUGACAAUGAGAGCUACAUGAACACGGAUACAGAUAUUGAUCCUAUGAAUGCUGGAAUAUACCAGUGGGAUUCAGAUGAUCCUGAAGAUGAUGAUGAGGAUGAGCAGUCAGAAGAGUCUGAUUUGGAUGAAGCAGAUGACACCAUGCAGGAGCACCGGCAGCAAUGGCAUGAUAUCGCCCCGAGUGGAUUGAAUGAGCAGGAAGCUGAAGGUGCUGCGUGGACUUGGAGAAUAGCUGGAAGCCAAGGAGUUAACAGGAUUGAUCUGAGAGCCGACAUGGAAGGGCGAGAAAUCAGGAGAGUUUUUAUUGGGAAUCCUGGAGAUUAUGUUGAUGCAAGACAGUUUGAAAUGCUUCUCGAGCAGUUUGCUGAGGAUAACAAUUCCAGAAGAGGAGCUCCACCUGCAGCGGCAUCUGUCAUUGAAAAUCUUUCAUCUGUGGUCAUCUCCAAAAGCUAUGAGAUAAACGGUGGUGUAACCUGUCCAGUCUGCAAAGAUGAUAUGCCUGUCACCACUGUAGCAAAACAGCUACCAUGCAUGCAUCUAUAUCAUUCAUCUUGCAUCUUGCCAUGGCUUAGCUAUAGGAAUACAUGCCCAGUUUGUCGUUACGAGCUUCCUACAGAUGACCCGGAAUAUGAGAGGUCCAAGCAUGCCACAGUCAAUGAGGGAGGUAUCCAUUGGGUGGAGCGUACCCAUCCGCAGGAAGUUGUUGAAGAAACUUAUGAGCCUGAGGUUGAUGGAAGUUCUAAUACAGGUGGUGAUACAAUGGAAGAGACUAAUACACGUGAACAUGCUGUUCCUACUGCACAGCAGCCAAAUGGAGCACAUGGGCGUCAUAGAUGGUUAUUUAUUGCAGCAGCUCCAGUUAUUGUAACUUCAAGCAUGUAA